GGCAGCACCUUUUCCGUAGCAAGGAAAAAUGGUAAGAGCUGAAUUCAAAAGUUGACCGCGCAUUCGUUUCAAAAUGGCCAAUCCUGCAAGAAGUGAAGUUAAUGAAUUAACAAAUGAACAAAAUAACUUAAAUGAUGUUGCACUGAACAAUUUAGAGAUAUCAAAUGAAUCGAUGCAUAAAAAUAAUAGUGAUGAUAAGAGUGCCAAUACCACAAAGGCUGAAGAGAACAAAAUGAAAGAUGCAGGUACAAACAAUGGGCCAACUGCUAAAACAACAACAACAGCAGCUGUGUCAACUGAACCUGCGACUAAAUAUGAUGAAGCCAGCUGUCCAGAGAACGUUCAGCUGAGUGUGGGGAAGACCAUGCGCGAAUACCCGUUCAAAUACAAGAAAACCAAUAAUGGCAAUAUAUUGACUGUUUAUCAUACGGUGAAAGAAGGAAAUACAUGGAACACCAUACCUAUAACUGCAUGUAGCUUCGGUGAGCAUUGCACACUCAUGGUUGCUAUCGAUGAGCGUGGAAAUAUUUUCGGUUUCGACAUGUUACACAAACGCUACUGGCAGAUAACUGCAGUUAUAGCAAAAGCUUGUGUUAUAACGCCUUGGUUGGAAUUUAACGCAUAUCUCGUAGGCACAAAAUUGGGUCAAUUGUUCCUCUUAGACUUAGAUAAAUCUGUUGUGAAAAAGGCGCUACCUUUGGCCAAGGUACCAAUUAAAGCCAUAUCAUUUCUGGGACACCCUUUACAAAAUCACCGUCUAGUGCUCGUGCAAGCCGGUCACGAAGCAGUACUUAUUAAUUUGAAAAAAUUCACAGUAUUACAUAAAUUAAAAUUCGAUGAUGCGAAAGCUAAAUUGAAAUUUGCCUGUUAUUUGCCACGCACAGAGCAAAUUUUCACUUUGCUAAAGAAUAACUGCAUUAAUGUGUGGUCAAAAGUCACCUUAAAGUCCUUGCGUAUCUUUAAUCCUAUAAAAAUGCGCGAUCGUAAACUACACAUGAAAGGUACUGCAGCUUUAACAUCAGAUAUUGCUAUUUGUGAUGAUUAUGAAACUAUAGGCAACGUUUAUCCGGACUCGAAAAAAGUUGAUGAUUCUAAAGGUUUAGUUAUUGGCUUUUGUUACCAUUCCGGAAACGGUUUAAUAUGCCUUUCUACACUAGACAAAUAUUUAUUGAUAAUCAACAUGUACACUUUUGAGUUGCAACACAUUUGCCGAUUGCGCGAUACUGUUAUAGGCGAAUGUGUCUUUCUGCCACAUGCCAAGGACAUACUCAUAUGUGGGGUGACGAACGAUUUUGGACAGGUGGUGAUUAUAGAUUGUCGCAAAAAGGAUAGCAAAUUAAGAAUACAGGCGGGACAGGCAGAGCAUCUUACAGUAUCGAAUGAUGGCAAACUAUUAACGAUAAUUAAUCGCAAUGGAGUGGUUAACAUUUGGUCUGUUGCUAAAAUUUACGAAUCGCUUAAAUCGCAAGAAGAAUGCGUGCAGCUAUUACAGGUUGCUUUCAAGCAGAAUUGCCCAAUACCAAUUGGCCCAGCGGAAAAUGCGAAAGCCGCACGUGCAGCAGAAAGGAGAUGCAUCGAUAAAGAUGUUAGAAAAUUGCUCUCCCGUGAUCGACUGUUGAACAUACUGCACGAAUAUCGUUGGUUCCCACUGAAAUAUCGCACGCUAAUAUGGUGCGCACUGCUGCAAUUGCCUUAUAAUCGGCGCGCAUUUCACAACCUCUUAAAAUUGGGCAUACCGCCAAUGGUGAAACAACGUGCGCAACACCUAAAGAUGCGCAAUGAAACACUGAAGCGUGCACUGGUGCGCGUAUGGUCCUGCUUGGCGCGUUGGUGUCCGGUUUUUGCGCAUAGCAAAUUUUUGCCCGAACUAAUAUUUCCAUUCGUUAAGUUACUGCCACGCAACGCGCUUGUCGUUUUCGAGAUUUGUGCCACGCUAAUAAUGAAUCAUUUUCAAUUGUGUUUCGAAUUUCAUCCCUUGGAACCCAAUAACUAUUUAGGGUUGUGUGAGAAUAUUUUGCAGCACUACGCGCCUGAACUGUGCACAUUUUAUGCAAGCAUGCACGUGGGACCGGAGCACUACGCAUGGCCGCUACUAUAUACAUGCUUCUCCGAGGUAUUUCUCGAAAAGCAAUGGCUCUAUUUGUGGGACAACAUAUUGGGAGCAGCUUCGUAUUUUCCCAUUUUCAUUGCUGUGUCAUUCAAUAUGCAAAUGUGCGAGGAAACUAUGUACUUGACGGACAAGCCAACGAUAGUCGACUGCUUUCGCGGGCCAUGCACAUUGGACGCAUGCAUGGUGGUGAAAAAUGCGUGUGUGUUGAUGGCCAAAUGCCCGCCAACCUUGCAUCCAAAGCGCUACAUGAAAGAGUUUGUAGGCUUGCCAAGAAAUGUGUAUCCGAAAUUCUUGAAUUAUCCGCGUGAAUGGCUGGCCAAACACGAGGAAGAUAUAGAAGCUGUACAAAAGGAACAACGCACCAUUGAUGCGCGCAUACGACAAUUGGAAUUGGAAGAAAUCAAACUGAUGCAGCGACUAGAGAGUGGCUUGCGCAAUGAGGAGCAUGCGAAUCAAAUGAAAAAAAUGGAAAAGCUGUACCAGGACUCACUCAAACGAGAGGAGGAACGUUUAGCUUGUCAGCGCAAAGUGUUGAUGCUGUACCAAAAAGAAGUGCGCAACCGCAAAGCUGAAGUAGCGGCUCAAAUGCAGGAGUCGGAGCAACGUCAGCAAGCGCUAAAAAUGGAAAAAGAUCUGGAACUGCUAAUGCAGAGUAUAGAGUGUGAACGUACACGCAACGAUGCUGAUUUGCUUAUCGCCGAGGAGGAGAUACGCAAUCAAGAUAUAGAAUUAUAUCUGCAAAAGUGUUUAAAAGCGCCACGGCACUCUUCACUGCGCGUCAAAUAUCACGACGAUAUGCUGAGAUUAUGCGAGGAACGUCGCUUACUUAAGCAGCAACUGCAUGAGAUAUCAAACUUGGAAAAACCAGCACUGAAUGCGCCCAGCUCAGCCGACAAGUCCAAGUUAGACACUAUAGAGGAGAAAAUCGAAGAAAUACAGCGGGAAUUCAAUGAAAUACUCAAUAGUAAAUGACAGCCAUUAGUGCACGGGCACAAAUUUCGACAUGAUCUCAUCAAGUGGUGUAUAGUAUAGCGUAAAAAUAGAUUUUUUACAUUUAGUUAUAAGCUUUAUAAUGCCAGAUAUUGUCAUAAGAGUUAAGAUUUAUAUGCGUUCAUGAAACAGUUGCGAAUGAAAUGAACUUUUCAACGACGAGCACGUUUUUUCUGAUCAAGUACAGAUCAGACACAUGCGCCUAACAGAACACGGCAGUCGGUUCUACGUAAACGGAAUGACCUGGCAAUUAUAUCCGGCCAAGGACUGUCUAUGCUGCUGCAUCCCCGUAUAUGUAUAGUGAAUGUUCAUGCUGUUACAACAACAACGCGGCUAAUAAUUACUGCGAGUAUUGAGCCUACAAUACCCUACCAAUAUUAUGCCUACCUGCCUUAUAUUUGAGCAAGUACCUUUUCUUCAGUUCUUGCCGAAAUAGUGUAUUGAUAGAAAAAAUACAUGUAGCACUAGCGUAUCACCCAUAUGGCAAAUAUGCCGAAAAUGCAAAACGUACAUUCUUUUACAAUUGUAUACCUGCCAAUGUAUACUCUAAUCUGAGCAAGGGCAUUAUCAUAGCAUAGUAAUUAUACAGGGUGUGAUUGAAAAGUAAUGAGCCUUAUUUUUUUAAGCAGUUUUAUUAAACCUUUUGGCUUAUACAACUAAUAUUCUUCAAAAUAGGACCCUUGAGCGUCAAUACACCGCUGGUAGCGGUCCUUCCACUGCAGGGAACAUUUUUUAAAUUCAUCCGCCGGAAUCGCGUUCAAUUCGGCUGUCACAGUUUUUUGGCUCGUGUGCCUCUCCGCACUCUCUCUCUCUUGCCCUCAGGAUCGUACUCAAAGCACCAGGUUUCAUCUCCUGUGAUACAAUUGUCUAAAGUAUUAUCCUGUUCGUCACUUUCCAAUACUUCACGACUCUUUUCCGCACGCAAUUGCUUUUGUUCAUCAGUCAAAACCUUUGGAACCUAUUUGGCACACACUUUGCGCAUUUCAAGUGUUCCGGUCACGAUUUCCCGCACAUUGUAAUAAGUUAAAUUUAACUCUGCACUGAUCUCACGUAGACUAGCGCGACGGUCAUUGUUCAAAAAUUCACGAACCCGGUUCACAUCUUCGUCUGUUUGCGUCGUCGAAGGCCUUCCAGAUCGCUGUUCGUCUUCGACGUCCUCCCGGCCUUCCUUGAACGACUUAUGCCACCGUUUUACCUGGGCACUGGACAGAGAUUGGUCCCCGUAAGCGUCCUUGAGUAGCCCAAUGGUUUCGGUGCUCGUUUUGUUUGGCUUUACGCAAAAUUGAUCGAGUAACGUUGCUCCAACGAUCUCUGCAUUUUCGCCACUGCAAAAUCAUAACACACUUUUAAAACAGCUUUCACGCGCGGAGCGAUGUUGACUGCACCGCUGUUGCCAGCGAAUUGGGACCGGUUUCUGAUGGAAGGUCCAACGAUCAUUUUCCCCCCAAUACCCGAUUCGGUUGAUCGCUUGGCAGACGCUCCGCGCGGGAAGGCUCAUUACUUUUCAAUCAAACCCUGUAGUUAAAAUAUGCCCAUGUAAAUGUGCGCCUUUCCACGUGUAUUACCUUAGUGCAAAUAGUUGAUUAAAAUAUAACGACAAACAGUUAUUUAAUAUGAAAUGUCAUAUGGUCUAGUUAGUUUUAUGUAUGUGAAUUUAUUUCCUAAAUAAUUUAGUAUUAUUAGUAAAUUUUUACUGUUCAAUCAUUAUGUCUAUUGCCUACGAAUAAAAAACCUUAUAGUCAACGCACUUUGUGCUAAUACAACUCCCAGAAA